CGCCCCGCCCUUCGGGCUUCUGUGUGCUCGCAGGGCGCAGGCGCGCGGUUCGGGCAGUCGGGUGCAACGUGGGAUAAGGUAGACGGCUGAGGUGCGGGAACUGCGAGAGGAUGGAGCCCAAGAAGGUGGAAAAGUUCAGCACUGCUAACCGGGGAAACGGGCUGCGCGCCUUGACGGCGUUGCGUCCAGGAGAGCUCGUCUUCAGCUCGGAUCCCUUGGCGUACACGGUGUGCAAGGGGAGUUGUGGUGUCGUCUGCGACCACUGUCUACUCGGGAAGGAAAAGUUGCUACGAUGUUCUCAGUGUAGAGUCGCCAAAUACUGUAGUGCCAAGUGUCAGAAAAAAGCUUGGCCUGACCACAAGCGGGAAUGCAAAUGCCUUGAAAGCUGCAAACCCAGACACCCUCCAGACUCGGUGCGACUUCUUGGCAGAGUUGUUUUCAAACUUAUGGGAGAAACAGCCUCUGAAUCUGAGAAACUUUACUCAUUCUAUGAUCUAGAGUCAAAUAUUAACAAACUGACUGAAGAUAAGAAAGAAGGCCUCAGGCAACUUGCAAUGACAUUUCAACAUUUCGUGAAAGAAGAAAUAGAGGAUGCUUCUCAGCUCCCACCUGCCUUUGACAUUUUUGCAGCCUUUGCAAAAGUGAUCUGCAACUCUUUCACCAUCUGUAAUGCAGAGAUGCAGGCCGUUGGUGUUGGGCUAUAUCCUAGUAUGUCUUUGCUCAACCAUAGCUGUGACCCCAACUGUUCAAUCGUGUUCAAUGGACCCCACCUCUUACUGCGUGCAGUGCGAGACGUCGAGGUGGGAGAGGAGCUCACCAUCUGUUACCUGGACAUGCUGAUGACCAGUAAAGAGCGCCAGAAGCAGCUAAGGGACCAAUACUGCUUUGAAUGUGACUGUUUCCGAUGCCAAACCCAGGACAAGGAUGCUGAUAUGUUAACUGGUGAUGAGCAAGUAUGGAAGGAAGUUCAAGAGUCCCUGAAAAAAAUUGAAGAACUGAAGGCAAAUUGGAAGUGGGAACAGGUUCUGGCAAUGUGCCAGGCAAUUAUAAGCAGCAACUCUGAACGGCUUCCCGACAUCAACAUCUUUCAGCUGAAGGUGCUUGACUGCGCCAUGGAUGCUUGUAUCAACCUUGGCUUGUUGGAAGAAGCGCUCUUCUAUGGCACUCGGACCAUGGAGCCAUACAGGAUUUUCUUCCCAGGAAACCAUCCCGUCAGAGGUGUGCAGGUAAUGAAAGUGGGCAAACUGCAGCUACAUCAAGGCAUGUUUACUCAGGCAAUGAAGAAUUUGAGACUGGCUUUUGAUAUUUUGAGAGUAACACAUGGCAGAGAGCACAGCCUGAUGGAAGAUUUGGUUCUUCUCUUAGAAGAGUGUAAUGCCAACAUAAGAGCAUCCUAAAGGAAUCCAGUCAGAGAACAAGUCAACUGUCCCUUGUACUGAGUGCCUUAUAAGGGCACAUGCCUUCUGCUUUGUUUUCUGUGUGAGCAUUUCUUAUU